AUGGGGCCCAGCAGCACCGCGGGGCCGUGGCACCAGCUUCACCCGACGAGCCCCACGUGGCAGCAGUGGAGGAUGGUGCUGGACAAGGACCGACACCCGCAGCUGGGACCCCACACUCGCAGUCGGGACCCCACACCUGCAGCUGGGACCCUGCGCCCACCGUCCCACUGCAGCCAGCAGGAUACGGCCCCGCAGGAGGAGAUGGAGGGACCCACGCGGGGCUCGGGGACGGGCAUCGGGCAGCUGUGGCGCCAGCUCGGGGACAUCGCCCAGGAGAACGACCGGCUGCGUCGCAGCCUGCGCGAGGCCGAGCGCGGCGUCUCCCAGCUGCAGGCGGAGCUGGAGCAGCUGCAGGGGGACCUCUCCGAGCAGGCCCAGCAGUGCAGGAGGGAGCAGCUGGCCCGGCGGGAGAUGGCGGAGGAGACCCUGGCAUUCACAAGCUACGUCAGGAUGCUGCAGUACAUCCGAGCCUGGCCGGGCGGCGGCAGGGGAGCAGUCCCGGGGGCAGCUGGGGACGUGCUCCUGCCUGGGGGGUGCCAGAGCUGUGGGUACAGCCCUGCCCCAGGCCAGCCCCUGCUGCCCCCGGGCCUCAGGCUGCUCCGUCCCGCCAGGACGAUGAGCAGGAGCCUCUGCGAGAGCACCAGCAGCCUGCGCUCAGCCCUGCCGCUCAGCUCGCAUGCGGAGCUGCAAGCGGAUGCCUCCAUGCUGAACGCCUUCUCCCCCGCAGCCCCCUCGCCGCCCGCCCGCAGGGCGCCCGCAGGAGCCUCCUGGGCAGGCAGAGACCUGGGCCGCAGUGCUGCCGGCCUCGGGCAGCAGCGGAGCUCGGCCUCCGGCACGGACACAGCCUCCUCGCUCAGCAGCAGCUCGGACGACGGGCCCCCCCCCGGCUGGGGCACCAAGGGCCCCGGCCCCACGCCAGGCAGCGCAGAGGGACCCCGCCACUCCGCCAGGCACGGCAGCAGGAGGAAGCUUCCUGCCUUCGCGCCGGAGGGCUGCGAGAGGAGAGAGGAGCCCGCGCCCCCCUGCCCCGUGUACCGGCUGGUGCUGGCGGGGGACGGGGGCACGGGGAAAUCCAGCUUCCUCCUGCGCCUCUGCACGAACGAGUUCAGAGCAGACAUCUCCAGCACCCUGGGGGUGGACUUCCAGAUAAAGCAGCUGCUGGUGGAUGGAGAGCAAACCACGUUACAGAUCUGGGACACCGCCGGGCAGGAGAGGUACCGGAGCAUCGCCCGGUCCUAUUUCCGCAAAGCCCACGGCGUGCUGCUCCUCUACGACAUCAGCUCCCCGAGCAGCUUCCUCAGCGUCCGCCACUGGAUUGAGGACAUCAAGGCCACCGAGAGGCCGCUGCCGCUCAUGCUGGUGGGGAACAAGAUGGACCUGCGGCCCGGCCUGCCAGAGGCAGCGGGGGUGCGCACAGCCCACGGGCAGCAGCUGGCCAUGGCCCACAGCUCCCUGUUCUGCGAGACCAGCGCCAAGGAUGGCACCAACGUGGUGGAGGCCGUGCUGCACCUCGCCCGGAGCCAGGACCGCAGACCCUCGGCCCCGUCCGUCCUGGUGCCUCUGCAGCAGCCUCUGGAGCAUGGCUCCCCUCAGGCCACCGCAGAAACCUUCUGGGGGCGUAAGCGCUGGUGGGCUCCGGCAGCAGAAAGCCCCUGUGCAUGUGGGGAGAGGCCGCUCAUGCAGCAGAAGCUGGACCAGACCCCCAGCGUGCCCUGGGAGGAGGACCUGUCCCUGAAGCGGUGGAGGGAGCAGAUCCCCGAGGGCGAGGUUCAGGAAUUGCUGCCAUGA